AUGCCUUCUCACUCUGCUCUAUUUGAUCAACAGGACAGCCACGGACUCGUGGUACGGGUGCCUGACAGUGCUUCCAGUGCAGCCGAUAACGAGAAGAAUGACGACUCGUCAAAGAACGCGACCGUCCAGCAGCCGCGCGACGAUGUAGAGUUCAAGGAAGGCGGCUAUGGAUGGGUCGUCGUUGGAUGUGUCUUCCUCACCAAUGCUCACACCUGGGGUUUGAAUUCAUCCUACGCCGUCUUCCUCGCAUACUACCUUCACUCUGGAGCAUUUCCCGGCGCCAGCCCGAUCGAACUGGCUUUCGUCGGCGGUUUAUCCUUUUCUGUGGCUCUGCUCAGCUCUCCGAUCGUCACCUUCUGCAUCCCCCGCAUCGGAACCCAAGCUUCUCUCGGUAUCGGCGUCGUGGUCCAAGCAGCCGCCCUUAUCGGCGCCUCGUUUACGACUAAAAUAUGGCAUCUUCUCCUCUCGCAAGGCAUCGGCUUUGGCGUGGGAAUGGGGUUCACCUUUAACUCCACCGUCGGUCUUGUUUCUCAGUGGUUUGUUGUCCGUCGUUCAUUCGCCAACUCCAUCGCUACCGCCGGCUCCGGCUUUGGUGGCCUCAUAUAUUCACUUGGCACCAACGCCAUGAUCCGUAACAUCAGCCUGCCGUGGGCGUUCCGCAUCCUUGCGAUUUUGUCCUUCGUCGUCAACGGUUUGUGCUGUCUGGUGGUUAAGGACCGCAACAAGGCUCUCGGCAGUGUGCACAUACCAUUUCACAAGGACAUCUUCAAAAGGGGUGAGUUUUGGCUGUGUGUGUCUUGGGGCUUUUUUGGGUUGUUCGGCUACGUGAUAUCCGUCUUCUCGUUAGCGGACUAUGCCCAGACUGUUGGCUUCAGUGCCAGUCAGGGAUCGAUCGUAUCGGCGAUAUUUAAUUUAUCUCAGGGUAUCGGACGCCCCAUCAUCGGCCUAGUCAGUGAUCGCUUCGGCCGCAUCAACGUUGCUGGGCUGAGCACCCUUAUCGCUGGCCUCGCGACAUUCUUCAUCUGGAUCUUCGCCGGGAAGUACCUUGUGGGCAUCAUUUUUUUCGCACUUUUUGGCGCCUUUUCUGGCGUGCUCUGGACGACCGUCGCACCUGUCGCUACCGAAGUCGUUGGAAUCCAACUCCUCCCGUCGGCAAUGUCCAUCUUCUGGAUGGUUCUCGUCAUCCCAGCAACCUUUGCCGAGCCUAUUGGUCUGACGAUCAAGACCUCCAGUAUCGACGCCUACUUAAACGUUCAGGUGUUCACGGGCUUUAUGUAUAUUGCGGCCUUCCUAUCAAUCUGGUUUCUUCGCGUUUGGAAAAUCCGGCAAUUGGAGAAAAUUGCGCUGUCGGGAGAACAGGAAGAAUAUGUCCUGCACGACAACAAUGCUGUUUCUUUGACGACUUCGCGACGCACUGGGCCUAAGCUAAGCAUCAUCAAGUCUGUGUGGAAAGGCAUGUUAAAUGUGCAGCGUGUUUGA